AUUGCGGGUUGCAAUCAGGCUACUGCACCCGAGAACGUCCAUGAGAUUUGCCAGUUUCUCCAUCGGUCUUUCGAAAAUAGAUCCAAAAUUGAUUUUCCAUGCGAUGUUUUGUCAGUGACAAACGUUUUUUUCUUUCUUAUUGCAUUGGCCUAGAUGACAGAUGGUCCCUACCCUAUAGACACUAGCCCUAAACCUGGCAAUGCGUCUAGCCUAAAUCUGGAAUUGUGGGUCGGUGAGUGGAUGACAUCUCUUGCGUGUCUCUUUGAUGUAUGAGACAGCAACAGGCUUCGUCAUUAGACAAAAUAUAGUUAUGUAGCUCUUUUUCGAAUAUCAGAAACGGACACCACUGAUGCUGGAAGGGUAAUGGUGAUACAGAGUGUCCGCAAGGAGUCAAUUGACACGUCUACCGGGCAGGCAAUGUUCGCAAUCGCAUCCUCUGGCCACGAUGGACUUCUUUUGAAUAGCCUGCGUCUGCCAACGUCCUCUUUAUGACACAUAUUUAACACGUGUAGCAUUUGGAUGGAGUUGUUGCGAUUUGGGAUUUGAAACAAAAGAGCUUAUCGCGAUGGGGACCCAAGUAACUGGACGGAAAAGAAUUCCGAACCGGGAGAAAAUGACUGCAGAGGACGAUGCCUUGAGCCAAAUUGCUAGGGAGGCCGAGGCGCGUUUGGCUGCCAAGCGAGCUGCCAGGGCUGAAGCUCGGGAGAUCCGUAUGAGAGAGCUGGAGAGGCAACAGAAAGAGAUCUAUCAGAAGAAGUACUAUGGUCUGGACAGCAGCAAGUUGGGCCAUAUUGAACAGUGGAUGGAGGAGAGUGAGAGGUACUCCCGCCACUCACGGAGAAACACAUCGAUUUCGGAUGAUGAGGAGCGGAUGUCAGUGGGCAGUCGCGGCAGUCUAAGGGGGAAUUUCAUGUCUUCAGAGCUGUGUGGCAGCACGGGCAGCCUGCCCUCGUGCAGACUCCACACCGGCCGGCCCUCCACGCUGUGUAGCGAGGCCCCUCGCUCACGAAGCCACAGGGGCUCAGUGUAUGAGGAGAGUCUCUACACGAGCGGGCGCAGGUUUAGCGGCUCCAGCUGUCGUGUUCCAACAGACUAUAGUGGUUUUCUGGGCUCCAGCUCCCGAGCCUCGUCCAGAGCCAGCUCAGCCCGAGCCAGUCCAGUGGUGGAGGAGAGGAUGGACAGAGACUUUUUUGACAAAGGUUCCAGAACAGCCUCCACCCUAUCAGCAGCCACCUUGGCCUCCCUGGGCGGAGGGUCGUCACGGAGAGGAAGCUGCGACACCUCCAUUUCAGCAGACACGGAGGCAUCCAUGAGAGAGAUGAAGGACUCAUUGACGGAGGUGGAGGAGAAGUAUCGGCGGGCGAUGGUGUCCAACGCACAGCUGGACAACGAGAAGUCCAACCUGAUGUACCAGCUGGACACACUCAGGGACACCGUCAUGGAGCUGGAGGAACAGAUGUGCGAGAUGAGGCGCGAGUACGAGGAGAAAGCAAGGGAUUAUGAGCGCGAGUGUCAUGCGCACGCGGUUCUGAAGCUGCAGUUUGCUGAGAUCAAGGAAACACUACAACAGAGUGAGGAGCUGCUGGCGGAUGCUCAGGAGAUGCGGCUGAAGCAGAACAGCUAUGUUAGAGAGAUCUCAGACCUGCAGGAGACACUGGGCUGGAAGGAGAAAAGGAUAGGGGCCUUAGAGAGGCAGAAGGAAUACUCAGACACCAUGCGGGACGAGAGCCGAGCCCUCAGGCAAGAGGUGUUCAGGCUGCGGGAGGGGCUGAAGAAACAUGGGGUCAUGCUCACCCCUGAGCCGACAACCAACGGGGACGCGGGAGAGGGUGCGAUAGACGGUCAUGUGACCUCAGAGAUGGCCUGCCAGCUGGAUCCGGACAGCGUCAUACCGAGCGCUGACAGCAUAUUAGAAAUCCGACUAAGAAAGCUAGUGGAAGAAAGAGAGACUUUAGUGGAGCAGGUCAGAAAACUAAAAUCUCAGCUGGAACACCAGACCCAGAGGAACGGCACUGAGGAUGGGACCAGCACAGACGAGGAGCUGAUCCAAAACGGCAUGGACCCACACAUCAUCGACCUGCAGAGAGAUGCGAAUAGACAAAUCAGCGACCUCAAAUUUAAGUUGGUCAAAUCAGAACAGGAAGUUACCGCUCUCGAGCAAAAUAUAAUACGUCUUGAGGGGCAGGUGACGCGGUAUAAGUCUGCAUCGGAGAGCGCGGAGAAGGUGGAGGAUGAGCUGAAGGUGGAGAAACGGAAGCUACAGAGAGAGCUGAGGGCAGCACUGGACCGCGUUGACGAGCUGGAGGCCAGCAACACUCACCUGUCCAAGCGGCUAGAGAAGAUGAAGGCCAAUCGCAGCGCCCUGCUGGCCCAGCAGUAACGCCCCCCCAGGACUGAUUGGUUGCUGGUAGUGAGAGGAGAGUGGGCAUACUGCAGCUCCGCCCUCUGAAACCCAGUGGACUUCCUUUAUCCUCUCAGUUCUAGCACAUAAAUAAGCUGAGAGAACGUAGAUGCUCAGAACAGCCAUCUCCUCUCCACCACCCCCAGGCCAGGUAGCCGAUAAUGCAAGCCAUGUUCCAAGUACUUUGGCUCAUCCAAUCAAAAUCAAUCAUGCUUUUGGAAGCUUGGGAAGGGACAUCCUAGUUCCGGAAGGGACACUUGUAAUAUAUUGAAGAGAAGAAUUCCUGAUGCUGUGGAUGAUGUCAGACUUUUUUGGUUGGUUUUAGUGGCGACAGGAUGUUUUCAGCAUUGGUGCACAUAUUUUUUGUUUCCGUGGUGGAGUUCACCUCUAGUGUAAGUAAUCAGUGUUUUUUUUAUUUCAGAGAUGAAUGACCACAGCGUCUUCACUACAAUUGAAAAUAACAAAUAGUGGCUACUCUGAUGUAACAGAAUAUAUCUCUGGCAUAUCAUGUGUUGGAAAUCAUGAACUUAGUGGAAGAGACAUCGGGAUGGAUCUGGUCACCUCGCCCAAACCACAUAGGCUACUUAAACAGCCAAUCAAACAAAGGCAGCUUUCUGAUUGGAUGCUGGUGCUGAUGGUCAGCUGAACCCCACCUUACCCAAACUCACCAUUAAUAGGCUCGUUCGUGACGAAGCUGUGCUGCUUUUGCUAGGCAGUGGGCAUGUGCACUUUGCCAGUUUGAUGCAUUCUGGUUCGAA